ACAUUGUUUAUUGAGAAAGGCCACGAGUGUGGCGCGUAUCAGUAUUCAUCUCGGUACAAAAAGGCAUGAACAUAUUCAGGUUAUUGGGGGAUUUCUCCCAUCUCGUCGCCCUCAUAAUCCUCCUAAAGAAAAUCUGGAAGACUAAGUCAUGUGCUGGACUUUCAGGAAAAUCUCAACUUCUUUUUGCGGUUGUGUUUAUGUCACGUUACGUGGACUUGUUUUUCAAUUUCAUUUCACUGUAUAACACCAUCAUGAAGCUUUUCUUUAUCAUUUGCUCUUGUGCGACCGUCUACUUCAUGUAUUUCAAAUUCAAGGCUACCUACGAUUCUAAUCAUGAUACAUUUGCUGUGUAUUUGUUGCUGAUCCCCAGUCUGCUUCUAGGAUUAGUGGCCAAUUACGAAUUUUCUUUAUAUGAGGUACUGUGGGCUUUCUCCAUUUACUUGGAAUCGGUUGCUAUUAUGCCUCAGUUGUUUAUGAUUAGCAAAACUGGCGAAGCUGAAACAAUCACUUCUCACUACUUAUUUGCGUUAGGAUCGUACCGUGCAUUGUAUUUGUUCAACUGGAUAUACCGUUAUGUUUUUGAUGAUUAUCUCGACUAUAUUGCUGUUGUUGCGGGUAUUGUACAAACAUUAUUAUACUGUGACUUCUUCUAUUUGUAUAUAGCUAAAGUUAUUAAAGGACGUGACUUACGACUACCUGCCUGAUCUCUACUAAUUUCCAAUAUUUAUAUUUUUGACUUUAUGAUGUUUUUGCUUUGUUUCUCUAUAGUUGUGUUAUAAAAUAAAAUGGUCUUAUGCAUCAUAUAUUUCUGCUUACGAUUCUUUGUUAUUACGAGACUAAUAAUUAAAAAAAUACUUGGACGACUGGUGAUUGACAUACAUUUAAUUACGGCGAUCAAACAGUUUACUCCUUUUGGAGUCUAUUUAUUUAUUUGAACACCUAAAUAUUGGUACAAAGAUGCACCAAAUACAUAUGCGCCGUACAAUAACAAUGAGAAUGUGAAGGGAUAUAAAAUGCGUAUGAGAAAAAAGAGGACAAUAACGAUAAGAAAUUAGUGUAUGACAGUGAAAUAAUAAUGGGAGAGGCAGUUCAUUUAGCAAAGGUACAACCAGAAAGAAUUCGUCCGGUUAAAGAAACUACGUUCAAUUUUCUGAAGAAAGUUACAACAGGAUCGCCACUGGCCUUUCUUCUGAGACGUAUCUGAUAACGUCUCAAGCCGCUGUGUUACAUCAUCUCUAGAACACCAACCAGGGAGUCGUGAGGGAACAAAAGAAGCCAGUCCUGUGCAGCUUUCUUUCAUACCACGACAGCAUGUCAUACACUGACCACCUCUCCGCUUUUUCCAACCAGUCCCAGCGUCGGUAAAUAAUGCACGACGUGGAAUUCUCUGAGACAACAACCAUAAAAUACAUCCAAGCCACCGAAGUCGAUGUUUCAAGAAAGUAAUACCAAUUGAAUUAUUGUUGCUGUGCCCGAACACAUGAUGCUGAACCUUUACAUUAUUAACAUGGUAUUGCCAUGACGUCAGUAAUCCUUCGAAGACAACGAUGGUCAAACAGAGUCGACCUGAAUGGCAAGUUGAUGUAAGUCCUCCAAAUCUUCACGAAGUUGAAAAAGCUAUAGGGAAUCUGAAUCGAAGGAGAGCAGCAGGCUAUGAUAGGUCUACCUCUGGAGGUAGGGAGGCACCAAUUUUUAUUUUAAUACACAGAUAUUGGCACAAAGAGGCACCAAAUACCUAUGCGCCACACAAAUCUAAUUUGAUAUGUGUGAGGGCUGUGAUACUGCCCGGGUGCCCAAACCGAGGCAGGUGGUUUUCUUAGGGGGUCACACCCCGAACCUUCGACCUGAAGGUCUGACCACAAGGCAGUGGGGCGUCGUAAGGAGAUGCAGUCCCAUGGUAGCCGGUGACCAACGAUUAGUUCGUACGCCAUUUGUCUACCCCUAGGAUUUUUAAGAAUGGCGGUCCAGUAUUAGCAGUGGGAUUGACUGGGGUCUUGGGUAAAAUUUGGGAACUGGACAAAAUCCCAUCUGACUGGUCUCAAUCGCUGAUUGUGUCAGUCUAUAAGGAAGGACAAAAGUCUUCUUGUGACAAUCACAGAGGAAUCAGUUUGACAAAUAUAGUGUCUAAAAUAUUAGCUUCAAUAACACUUCGACGCCCAACUAAAGCUCGUGAAGAGCAGACUAGAGAAAAUCAGGCUGGUUUUCGACCUGGACUUGGUUGUAUAGAUCAGAUACUCGCACUACGUCAGGUUCUAAAACACGGACACAAAUUCAGACGCCCCACAAUGGUAGUAUUUCUCGAUCUUAAGGCAGCAUUCGACUCUGUUGAUCGUGAGGUUCUAUGGCAGUGUUUGUCAUUGACAGGAGUACCAAAGAAGUACAUUAACCUUAUAAAGGC